CGUUUUCUCAUAAUAAGUCCAACUGCACAAACCACUUUAGUGUUUUCUCUUUUCCACUCACUUUAACACAUUCAAAAUUACCAGUCUCUCUAUUCUACACGCCUCUGGAGAAGACGAAGAAGAAGAAAAGAUCCAAACUUUCUGAAAUUAUAAGCAUCAAGAAUCAGUUAUUGUGUAUUCUGAGGAAAAUUUCUGCAAGAAAGAAAAGAAAAGGGAGAAACGAGAUCCCUAAAAAGUCGGUUGUUAUGGCGUCAAAGGUGAUGCCGUCAGCAUCAAGAACGCCCAAUUCGGAUCCUUCUCUACAUCCCCAAAACCCAACUUCUUCUCUACAUCACUCUCUUCCUUCUACAAACUUUGAUUCUAUGAACAUGGACGAAAUUCUCAACAACAUCUACUCUGAUUCCGACCCUUUUGCUUGCUCCGCCGCCCCUCCUACACCAUUUGCCCCCGCCGCCGGUGGUGAUGUGGGGAACACUAAGACUGUUGAUGAGGUGUGGAGGGAAAUUGUAGCAGGGGGAGGGAAUAGGGAGCCGGAGAUGACUCUGGAGGAUUUUUUGACCAAAGCUGGGGCGGUUACAGAGGAAGAUGUUAGAGUCCCGGUGAUCGCUCCUCCUCCUCCUCCACCUCCAGCCACGGAGGCUCCGUCUUCCGGAGGGUUUGUGGUGGAUAACAUGAUGGGUACUGGGAAUUGUCAGUUUCCGGUGGCCAUGCAGAAUGGACCAGGGGUGUACGGUAUGGAACCCCAACCCCACAUGGGAUUUGGAAAUGGGGUUGUGGCAAUUACAGGGAGUGGAAGUGGGAGUGGAAGAGGGAAGAGAAGGUCAACUGUGGAGGAGUUGCCGGCCGACAGGGCUACACAGCAGAAGCAGCGACGUAUGAUCAAGAACAGAGAGUCUGCUGCAAGGUCUAGAGAGCGAAAGCAGGCUUAUACUGUGGAAUUGGUGUCUUUGGUUACACAAUUGGAGGAGGAAAAUGCAAGGUUAUUGAGAGAAGAGGAGGAGAAGAAUAAGGAGAGACUUAAGCAGAUCAUGGAGAACCUGAUACCAGUGGUAGAGAAGCAAAGACCACCAAGACUUCUGCGAAGAGUUCGAUCUAUGAGUUGGUAGGUUGUCUUCAAAUCUCCUUAAAUCAUAUGAAGUAAUAAUCAAUAUGGUGCUUCUGUUGAAGCUGCUGAGAACUGAGAGGAGGAAGAGGUUGUUCUGGUUACUUGAGGAAUUUGAGACCGUACAUAGUCUAUAGUUUAACUUGUUAGAUGAGGGAACUUCCAAACUGGGGUAUGUAGUAUUAGAGGCUUAUAAGCUUUCUGUAGUAGAAGAGAAUAUACUGUAGUUUUAGCUUCCGCAAGCAUAUCAUGCUGGUUGCAGGGAAGAGUGAUGAACUUACUUGGUUCUCUGUUUAUACUACUAACUCAUGUUACAGUAUUGUCUGUUUUUUACAAUAAGAAUUGUUCUUACUAUUAAUACAAGUAUCUAUAUGCCAAGUCUUGAAUUUGUGUA